AUGAUGAAUCCUUAUACUCUUCACUUCUUAGAUAAAUAAUUAGAAGAAUAAUAUCAAGAGGCCAGAAUAAGAUAAGUCCUAAGACGAAUUUUUCAAAUUGUUGUGCUCGGCACAUUCUUUCUUCAUGGCAUGAAAAUUAUUUAUGAUUUGGCUCUCGAUAAACCAAAUAAACCCUACAUUAAUAUUGGAUUUAUUGUUUGGACUAUUAUUGCUUAGAUCACUAUCAAAAUUAACAAGAAGCUAAUAAAAUUAGUCAUAACUAUCUCCAAUAUAUCAACGCUUGUUUUACAAAUGAACUUUGAUACAAGUUAUUCUUUGCCCCAAGAUUAUUAUCAAUUCGGAUGCAAUAUAACUUAACUUUAAUCUGUCCUUUACUUCUUAAGUGACUUUUUAUAUGCUUUUGUUUCUGUAAUUUUUCACACUGUAGCCAGAAUGGUGAUUACUUCAUAUUACACUUAAAGAGUUGAUGUUUAAGAUUAUUGUUUCUCAAUUUUAUGCGUUGCAUUUGUCGUAUCCAUACUCUACAAAAAUGAUAUCAAUUCAAGAAAGCACUUUUUAUUACGAUUAAAAGAAGAACAAAUUGACGACAAAUUAAUAAAAUUAGUAAAAUCACCAUUUUUCUAAUUUGAUAUUAAGUGUGAUUUACAACAAAUAAAUUUGUAAUAAGUUAAACACAUAGAAUAAUUUGAGUUCGGGAGAGAAGACUUUUGCGAUGGAUGUAAUUUCAGAAAUCUACUUAGAGACAUCUUCAUUGAUAAAAACACAACUUUGGAAUAAUAAUUAUUAAAGAAUCAUGAACAAGAACAAAUUUACAAAGUCAAAUAUAUUCACAAUCAUUAAAAAAUGUCUAUGGACAUUUAUUUUUGUAAUUUAGGAAUAGAAUGUUCUAAAUAUAUUUUAAUUUUGGAAAAUAUCAAAACCAAUAAAACCAUCAGAAAACCAUAAACUUAUUCCGUUGAAGAUGCUUGGAGCUAGAUCAAAGAAUAAAUUAAAAUAAUCUCUAAAUAACAUUUUAAUUUGCGAAUCUUUUAUUUUGGUGUACUUUCUACUAUUAAGAUAAAUGACACUCUGAUAAAUUAGUUAAAUUUAAAAAGGUAAUUUAAAAAAUUCAGCAAGCUUCUCAAAUGCCAUGGCUUUCUAGAUAUAAAAGGGGAGAACAAAAUAAUUGUCUAAACUUAUGGAAAUUAACUCAAUAUUUGGAUUAUCUAAGUAUUACUAAUUAUAUAGCAAAUUACAAAUAAUAGAAAAUAGAAAUCCUUUAUAUUUUUAGAGAUGCAAGAUGAUGUGAUAUUAAUAAAAUUCAUAUUGAAAGAUCCCUCCUCUUUUAUACUUAAUUAUUAUCGUAAUUUUUUCAUCAAACAGAUUUCCUCAUAAUUAUUUUCUUAUAACUUAAACUCCAAAUUGGAACUUAAUUUGAUUAAAAAUAUUUAGCAAGCAUUUGAUAUAAUAUGA